GACCAUAUCAUCGUCAUCUCGCCGUCAAUUAUGUCAAAAAUUGAUUUAAUUAACAAUAAUGAAUUGCGCUAAGCUGCAUUUGCAAAAAAGAAGUCGAUCUAGACCCAAAUCUGAACCACGACACGACAAGCCUAGGAGGUAUUGCCAAAAACGUUUAGUGGAUCCACAGUUUGAAGAAAACAAUAGAUGGACGUAUGAGACACAAAGAUAUAACUGUACUGAAUACGAGAAGAGUAACGUCAAUCGAAUAAUGCCCAUCAGAAAUCAUCAUGAUGUAAGCGACAUGUUUCUAACAGUACAAACCUUACAAUUCAAAGGUGAAUCACAGCAGAGUAAAAGACAGCGUACAGGUUUUAAAUAUAAAACAUUAAAUAGUGGCCAAAAACACAGAAUGUUUGUAAAGCAAGUUGUUGACAGAAAUGUGGGUAAUUAUGACGUUGACGGGGCAUCUGAACUCACUUAUUACCUUGAUUACUCCAAAUACUUCAGUAAUAAAGUCCCCUCAAGAUCAUCUUCAGUAGAGUCUAGCGUCUCAAACCAAAAUUUCGACAAAAAUCUUAAGAGAAAUAAAUCAGUACAAGUUGAUUUCAAUACCUUCGCAGAAAUUAAACAAGAUAAAACAAGUACCAAGUUAGAGAAAAAACUUAACAAUAAUCCGGAAGUUCAUGACAAAACGACGAAAGAUGAAGAAUUUACUAAUAACGCUAAAGAAGAUAAUCCAAAAAUAGCAUUUCAUAAGUACGGAAAAAGGAAAAGCAUCACAAUAUCAAAAGCUGAAAGUCCAGAAACUGUUCAAGUAAUAAGAGUCGACUUAGUUUGUAAUUAUAGCGCUAACUCUAACACCGAAGACUAUAACAAGCAGAAUAACAGAAGUCAAAUACAUUUAGCAGACGUAAGAAAGAACGACGAUAACAUGAGGAGAAAACACUAUAAUAGUAAAUAUUUGUUAACUAAAUCAGUGAAAGCCUUAGAUGAAAACGUCUCGGGCGGUACAAAUGUUACCUUACUUUGCAAAACAUUUAGAUUAACUGAUCGGUCAAAAUUUUCAAACUAA